AUGCCAUACCUGGACGAAAAGGCUGUUUACCAGCAGGAAGAAUCAAUCAUGACAUGUUGUGACAAGCGACAAAGAGUAAAUGGAAAACAUCAGUGCGCUUUCUAUGGAAUAGACCAAGAUGGUCGAGCUGGCUCCAUUGGUGUCAGAGCACCGGCGGCUGCAACUGCGGCGGUGAGAGCUCUGGUGGAAGCGGCGAUAAUUUCCCUUAUCCUGCACAGGGUGCGCAAUCCAGAGAACGAACGAGAGAAGUGCGACAUCACGGCGCACAUGUUGAGCGACUACGAUGCCCGGGUUUCGACACAUCGUGUCACCUCGACGGGUUUAAUUACUGCUGCGAAUCGCCGCAGUAUGCUCAAAUCGCCCUCGAAUGUUCUCGACUAUCAGCGUGUGAUGCUCAAGAUGAGAGCAGCGCUUAUUGAGUGCGUAGCUUAA